AAUUGUCAAUACAUGACUUGUCAAAAACUAACCGUUUCAGUGUAAAGUGAAGCUGUUUCAUAUUUUGUCUUAUUAUAUUCCUUAAGAAAUAAAUUGAAAAUACCAAAGAAGGAAAAAAAAAAGGAAAAAAAAACAAUCAAUUCAUUAUGACACUGUUUACCAUUCGAAGUGCAAAAGUUGUUGUUACUUUGUUGCGUUUCACACAAAAAAAAUCGUCAAUAGUAGCAACAGUAGCCCAACAACGAUGGGUUUCUACGCCAACAGUUGCAGGAGUAUGCCAGAAUGAAUCUAAAUAUGGUUAUGAUUUAAUUGUUAUCGGCGGAGGCUCCGGCGGCUUAGCAUGUGCCAAGGAAGCAGUUGUAAACGGUGCUAAAGUAGCUUGCUUAGACUUUGUAAAACCAACACCGCAUGGUUCGAAAUGGGGUCUGGGCGGAACAUGCGUCAAUGUAGGCUGUGUACCAAAAAAACUAAUGCAUCAAGCUUCACUUUUGGGUGAGGCUCUUUAUGAUGCUCAAGCAUACGGCUGGGAAAUUCCAGAUGCUGAAAACAUUAAACCCGAUUGGGGCAAAUUAGUGCAGUCAGUACAAAAUCACAUUAAAUCGAUUAAUUGGGUAACUCGAGUAGAUUUGCGUGAUAAGAAGAUAGAAUACCUCAACGGCUUGGGUUCAUUCAGGGAUUCUCACACUAUUCUAGUAAAAAUGAAAAAUGAUACCGAACGGACUGUUUCGGCCAGAAAUAUUGUUAUUGCUGUAGGUGGUCGUCCCCGUUAUCCCGAUAUACCUGGCGCUGAGUUAGGCAUUACCAGCGAUGAUCUAUUCAGUUUGGAUAAGCCGCCGGGCAGAACUCUAAUUGUUGGUGCUGGCUACAUUGGCUUAGAAUGCGCUGGCUUCUUGCGGGGUUUGGGUUACGAUGCCACCGUUAUGGUACGUUCGAUUAUAUUGCGCGGUUUCGAUCAACAAAUGGCCAAUAUGGUCGCUGAUUCCAUGGUUGAGCACGGUGUUAAAUUUAUCCACAAGACCAUUCCCAAAAGUGUUGAGAAAACACUUCAUAACACUUAUUUGGUAAAAUACAUAAAUAUUGAAACCGAAGAAGAGGGAUGCGAUGAAUACGAUACCGUAAUGUGGGCCAUUGGUCGUAAAGGUCUGGUUGAAGACCUUAAUCUUACCUCUAUUGGCAUUGAAUUGAAGAACGAUAAAAUCCUAGUAAAUGAUGCCGAACAAACUAACGUUUCCAAUGUAUACGCCGUAGGUGAUAUUACAUACGGGCGGCCAGAAUUGACUCCGGUAGCCAUACAUGCUGGCCGUUUGCUGGCACGACGCUUGUUUGGUAAUUCUACUCAACUGAUGGACUACUGCAAUGUAGCGACCACAGUUUUUUCGCCUUUGGAAUACGCCUGUGUAGGCAUGUCGGAGGAAGAUGCUGCGCAAGAGUAUGGCGAAGAUAAUAUUGAGGUAUUUCACGGCUUCUAUAAGCCCACGGAAUUCUUUAUACCGCAAAAGAGUGUUAGGUACUGCUACGUAAAAGCCGUAGCUGAGCGUAGUGGCGAUCAGAGAGUAUUAGGCCUUCACUAUCUGGGUCCCGUAGCUGGUGAGGUUAUACAAGGCUUUGCUGCAGCCGUCAAAUGUGGUUUAACCAUGAAAAUCUUAAUGAAUACCGUCGGUAUACAUCCUACUACCGCUGAAGAAUUUACUCGUCUCAAUAUAACCAAACGUUCCGGUGCGGAUCCUACUCCGGCUUCAUGUUGCAGUUAAGUUUACAUAGAGAAGUUACUCAGACUCUACAGACUCUACUCUGUUGUCUCUUCAAUAAUAAAAUAAUCGGUUAUCUCCUUUGAUUCAAAAGAUUUCAUAUAAAUUUAUCCGGAAAUUUGUAUGUUUAGAGUAUUAUUAAACAAAAA